AGUUUUAGGAAUGUGUGUCUGAGAGUUCGGAAGAAUAACUCGUCUUCUGUCCCUGUUGCUGUCCUGUCCUCAGACAGACGGCUGUGUCUGGGUCCAGAGGCCCGGUUUGCAGAACCUGAAGGAACACACUGGCUCCGGUUCCGUUCUUUGUUUGGUGCCGUUUAGAACUCAGGGGCUGUUCGGGUUGUUGUUCGUUUCUGCUGCUUCUCUGUUUCCGAAUCGUGUCAAACAGAAAGACCUGAUGAGGGUUUCUAUGUGAUGGAAUGAUGCCCGCCCAGGACGGUGUUGGGAGCGACUGCAGCCCUGGAGGCUGAUGACCCCGCCCCACUGGCCAGCCAGGAUGCACAUAGCCUCGGUGGGCGUCAGUAAGUCCUGCUUCCUGUUCUCUCUUGCUCUCUGCUCCCUGCUGCUGCUGCUCAUCCCGGCCCUCCAGUCGCCCACCCGUCAGCUGGAGCCGCCUCAGCCCCGACCCCACGCUAAGUCUGCCACAGCAGAGCAGACUCACCAUGCCCACCUACCAACAGGUACCGCCAGCGCUGGCGGCACCCACACGGCCACAGGGCUCAGUAGGAGUUCAGAGGUCAUAGGAGCAGCUGCUAGAACUGACACUCCCUCUCCCAAGAGACCUGUGGAAUCAGGACCUAGGAAUAUUGACCACCUUGAGCUGAAAGACAUUUUCAUCGCAGUGAAGACGACUAGGAAGUAUCACAGGUCCAGACUGGAGCUGCUGAUCCAGACCUGGGUGUCCCGAGCCAAGGAACAGACCUACAUAUUCACUGAUGGUGACGACAGGGAGCUGCAGCUGAAGACAGGAACUAACAUCAUCAACACCAACUGCUCUGCUGCUCACAACCGCCAGGCUCUUUGCUGCAAGAUGUCUGUGGAGUACGAUAAAUUCAUCGAGUCCCAGAAGAAGUGGUUCUGCCAUGUGGAUGAUGAUAACUACGUAAUCCUGCCCAGUCUGCUGCGACUGUUGUCCUCAUACCAUCACAGCCAGGACAUCUACCUGGGCCGGCCCAGUCUGGACCACCCAGUAGAGGCUGCAGAGAGGGUGAAGAGCGAUGGAACGGUGUCUGUGAAGUUCUGGUUCGCCACCGGGGGAGCAGGGUUCUGCAUCAGUCGAGGUCUGGCUCUGAAAAUGAGCCCCUGGGCCAGUUUGGGGAACUUCAUCACCACGGCAGAAAAGAUCCGCCUCCCAGACGACUGCACCAUCGGCUACAUCAUCGAAGCGCUGCUGGAGGUCACACUCACUCACACACACCUGUUCCACUCUCACCUGGAGAACCUGCAGAAGCUGCCCGUUCCCACCGUGCUCCACCAGGUCACUCUGAGUUAUGGAGGCUUUGAGAACAGAAGAAACGUGGUCAGCAUCGUUGGGGGUUUUUCUCUCACUGAAGACCCCACCAGGUUUAAGACGGUCCACUGCCUCCUGUACCCAGACACUGAGUGGUGUCCAAAGUUGAAACCUGGACACUCAAACUGAACAUCCUGGAAACCACUCAGCCCAAGUGUUCCAGCAAUAAUUCAAUAUGUCAAAAACAACUUUCCUGUUCCUGGACUGAUGUCAUGUCAGUGAGGACAUGGUCCAAAUGCUGUAUUCCUCCUGGUCUGGGUGGGGCUGGGGAAUCCUCUCUGCUGCUUGUUGACAGUUAGUUAUCUGCUGUUCUUUUGGGUCCACCCUGGUACUAUGGUAGGUACAUAUUUUUAUGCCAUUUUUUUCAUAAUUAAGUGAGAUUUUCUGACUAAAUAUUAUUAUCACCUGAUGUAUGUUGCCAAGGCAACCCUUCAACCAGCUGCAGUGUUAACUCGGAGAACCUAAACACCCAAAAAAUCUGGGGAUACUUGUUGAUUAUCCUCAUACCUUUCACACCUUGCUCACAGACGUUAUGAAAAAAUUCAGGUUAUGGAAAAUGUGCAAAUUGUGAGUCAUUAGGCACACCUGGAAAAAAACAACAAUCACCCUUCAAUUUUCUAUCUUCUGGUUUAUUGACCCAAACUGUCAUUCCCACUCUGAGAACCAGACCUGUUCUUUCAGCCAGCGCUGGAUGGAAGAAUGAGCCAUUAUCAUCAAGCCCCGCCCCCUCCUGCACCAGCAGUUCAUUGAUUGCACAGGCAUAAAAGCAAUAAAGAAAACUAUUCAGGGUGAAAUUAACAGAGGAGUUUCAUGUUUUACUCUUAUGCACAUGGCAGAAAGAGAUGAAAGCCUCACAUGUCACCUGAUCACAUUUGGAUUAAUCCCACAUCCAGCUGUCACAGCAGCCUGUUGGUUGCGCCUGGAAAAGCUGCAGGAAAUGCAGGAACUCUCUCUGGCCAAACAUAUCAGGAGAAUGAGAAACAACAUGGCACCGAGCAAAACUGUGUCCAGAAGCUCAAGAAGAUAAGAAACGCAUAGAUGAGGGCGAUAAAAGAUCUGGGCCUGAGAACUUCAUCUCCCUGUUGCAUCAUUUCUUUUAACACAAGUUCCAUCAAAAUGAGUUGAACUUGGUUAAAAUCAUUUGAUGUGAUGAGUUUAACCAACCACAUUAUUUGGCCAUAUUAUUACUACUACUAAUGAUAAUAAUAAUGUGCUGAACAGUAUUUUGCCUUCAGAAUUACUGUGUGGACAUGAAGAUGCAAACCCAAAAGAAACACAGAACCAGAUAUGUUUUAAUGGACCUGAUGGAAGACAUGACAGAAUAACCACCUUGUUGAAACCUUCAGUAACUCAGGCAGGAGAAGUAAUCAUAAUUGUUUUUCGCUAUUGCUCUGACUUUCACUUGUAGCAUUUUCUGUUUUGAACUUUAGAUGCCUCUCUAGACAAGGAGAGAUAUCUGCAGGGAAAACACACAGAGAGCAGUUUAAAGAUGGAACCUGAUCUGGACUCCUUUCCUGUUAUGUGAAACACCUUUCAGUAUUUUCAGUUCCUUAUAAAGAGGAGAUGUUUCAGUUUAAUGAAUGGCUGAUGUUUUUAACCAUUUGUUUGAAUGUUUUAUUAAGUUGAAGGAACUGUUUAAGAUUCUUGUAAUAAAUGAGUUAUAGCUUCUCAGAUGUUAAUGGAGCAGAAAGGAAAUGAUCAAAUCUUCCUGCACUCUUUCAGUCUGUACCUGAGAAAUGUCUUUAUAGAUUCAGCCAAAUAUCUUUUUCUAGUUUAUUUCAUCUUUUGUUCUCUUGUCACAUGUUUUAUAUUAUCAGCUAUUGUAGAAUAUAGUAUUUUAUUAUUGUAUUGAUGUCAAAUUGAAUGAACUAUAUUUUGUAUUUUUGUGUAUAGGACAGAGUCGGGACAUAUUUUCACAACCAAGGUGUAAAAUCAGGACCUGAUGCUAUCAGAAUGAAUGUGGCUCAGAUUGUUAACCUGUACUUGUCUUUUAUUUUGUUUGUUUUUAGUUUUCAUAUUCUGAGGUUAUGUGGUAAAGUCGGUUUUCAUCUCACCUGAUUGAAUGCAGAUGGGUGGUUAGGAGUUUUUCUGCUCUAACUCUGUUUUCACUCUGAGCCUGAUGCUGCCAUGUGUCUCAGAGGACAACCCACUGUGUGUGUGUGUGUGUGUGUGUGUGUGUGUGUGUGUGUGUGUGUGUGUGUGUGUGUGUGUGUGUGUGGGUGUGUGGUGUGUGUGUGUGUGUGUGAAGCAACAGGCUACCUCUGCACAGGAAGAAUAGAAGCCAAAAGCAUGCGUCCCACUGCGGGCCGGUGGAUCAGACUGUUUCUGUAAACUCUUGUUCCUAUAUGCUGCAGGAGAAAAUUAAAGCCUUCAUCUUUCUGGCUGUUUCA